UGCGGAUACAGACUAAUACGGCUGCUACUCUGAAACUUUUCACAUUGUCUUACUUCUGUGCUGCUGCUGGGAUGGUGCGCCCUUCAGAGCUGGGCACCCAGUCAGCAGUCGCUGCUCUCCACUCUGCCUUCAGAGCUGUGUGGUGGUGGGGUGUGUGCAGUGUAAAUUACUACAAACACAAAGAAGGGGGACCCAAUCAAAUAAGUUUGAGAGCCCCUGUGCUAGACAAAUAGUGGAAGGUGGGAAUCUGAUACCUGACACUGUACACAAGGCCAAAUUGCCUGUGUGUGUAAAAGGGCGGGGAGGGAGGAGGAAACCACACACCACCAAACAAGAACCCUUUGGGCAGCUGCCAGAUGAAAUGGGGAAAAGAGAGGAUUGCAACUCGGUUUUAGGGCUUGUCUAGAUAAAUAGUUAAGGUGUAGCAAGCUGGGGUGUAAAUCUACAGUGCUCCAGCAUGCCACACACUUACUGUUCAUGUGUACUUACUGCUGCACAAUAACACAAGGUGCACUAGGGAACUUUUAGUGUGCAGCAGCAGGGUCCACACAGACUGUCACUGCAUAGCAUGCUGAAGCGCUGUAGAUUUAUACCCUCCCUUGCCAUGCACUAACCUGCCAUAUAGACACGCCUUUAGAAAGGGUUUUGUGGCAACAGCUUGCACUUAACAACUUUGACUAUUGAAGCUGUAAUAGGUAUCCUUCUCCUCCCCCCCUUUUCCAAAUACUAUUAUCUUGUACUGGAAGUGCUUAAAUUACCUCUCAGAUCUUGGGGUUAUGUUGACUGUCAGUCAUGAGAAGGAACAUGCCAAAACCUUUCAGUACUAUUUAAAACUAAGAUUAUAUCUCAGAAAGGGAAGUAAGCCUUUUCUUGUAAAAUACUUGUUAAGUUUAUGAUCAUGCAUAUUUGCUGUUAGCUAUAAAAACUACUACAUUUAUCCCUUUAAAGAGACUGUUGGCCCCAACACUAGAUUUUUAAAGCAAGGAUUUACCAAGCUUAAAUCACGUAUCUAUAUAUUUUAUCUGCUAUUGUUAGAGGUUACAGUUAGGAUUAUUAGAAUUCAAGAUAUUAGAAGAAUAGUUCUAUUUUGCAUUUUGUUUACUUUGUGGAUUUUUUAGCUCUUUGUGUAGAGUUCCACUGUCUCUCCCUGAAUAGUUGAUCAGGCUCACCUCUUGUGGGUUGUGUGUAUAGCAAUGGAGAGGAGAAGCAACUUUUGGAAAGGUAGCUGAAACAUUAGAAAAGCUGUCAGGAGGUACUUGAGACUAUUUGAAUGCACUUGAAGUUGAACAGAUCAAGUUGGUGGUGUCCCUUUAAUAUAAAAUAACUUGUUUUUAAAAGCUGGUUUUAGUUCAUACCUUUGCAGUAAUGGAAGCUGAAACAAUAUUGCCCUACUGCAUGAGAAACAAAGUGAAAAUUUAGUCUAUUCACUGUCCAAGCUGAGUGAAGUGCAGAAAAAAAUUGCAAAAAUGAAGAAAAGGUAAAAAUGAAAUGCUAAACUUCAGAAGAAAAAAGAAUGUUAUUGCAUUCCAUGGAUUUCUUGCUUUUUCAGUUUGGCCUUUGUAGUUUUAAAUAUGACCACGCAGAAGCUAAAUACAUAAUGAAAUCAUUUAACUUCUAUAUUUUUCCAAAACCCUUCAACAGAAGUUCACCAGAUGUCAAGUUUGUCUGUCAGAGUUCAAGUAUAGACUUUUUAGCAAACCAAGGAUUUGAUUUUAAUAAAGUUUUUCGCAAUGGAAUCCCAUAUUUAAAUCAGGACGAGGAAAGACAAUUACGGGAGCAGUAUGAUGAAAAACGUUCUCAGGCAAAUGGUGCGGCGACCCUAUCGUACAUUUCCCCUAAUGCCACAAAGUGUCCUGUGACUAUUCCUGAGGAUCAGAAAAAAUUCAUUGAAAGAGUGGUGGAGCAAAUAGAAGAUUUAAUACAGAAUGAAGAAAACAAGAAUUUGCAGUUGGAGCCAUGCACAGGAUUUCAGAGGAAACUAAUUUAUCAGACUUUGAGCUGGAAGUACCCAAAAGGUAUCCAUGUUGAAACUCUGGAGACAGAGAAGAAGGAAAGAUACAUUGUCAUUAGCAAGGUAGAUGAAGAAGAGCGCAAAAGAAGAGAACAGCAGAAACAAGCUAAAGAACAGGAAGAGCUCAGUGAUGCAGUGGGAUUUUCCAGAGUUAUUCAUGCCAUUGCUAAUUCUAAAGGACAUAGCUCUUGUUUUGGCUGUAACAACAAGGGCAAACUUGUUGUUGGACACAACAUGCUACUGGAUGUCAUGCACACUAUCCACCAGUUUUAUUGUCCUCUGCCUGAAGACCUAAGCGAGUUUAAGGAGUUAGCGGCAUGUGUCUUUCCCAGACUAUUGGAUACUAAACUGAUGGCAAGUACGCAACCUUUUAAGGAAAUUAUUAACAACACAUCCCUUGCAGAACUGGAAAAGCGUUUAAAAGAGAUUCCAUUCAACCCUCCUGAAGUUGAAAGUGCAGAAGGGUUUCCAAGUUAUGACACAGCUUCUGAACAACUUCAUGAAGCAGGCUAUGAUGCUUACAUAACAGGACUGUGUUUCAUCUCCAUGGCUAACUACCUAGGUUCAUUUCUCAGUCCUCCGAAAAAUCAUGUAUCUGCUAGAUCAAAACUCAUUGAACCCUUUUUUAACAAGUUAUUUCUUAUGAGGGUAAUGGACAUACCAUAUCUCAAUUUGGAAGGACCAGACUUGCAGCCAAAACGAGACCAUGUUCUUCAUGUUACAUUUCCCAAAGAGUGGAAGACUAGUGAUCUUUACCAGCUUUUCAGUGCCUUUGGUAAUAUUCAGGUAUCUUGGAUUGAUGAUACAUCAGCAUUUGUGUCACUUAGCCAGCCAGAACAAGUACAAAUAGCUGUAAACACCAGCAGGUAUGCUGAAAGUUAUAGGAUCCAGACCUAUGCAGAAUAUGUUGAGAAAAAACAUGAAGAGAAACAGGCAAAAAGAAAGUGGACAGAAGAUAGUUGGAAGGAGAUGGAGAGAAAGCGGUUAAAAACGCAAUACACACCAUACAUUCCCCAGAGUCGGUACUACUGUGGUAACAGUUUUACAGCUACCAGCACAAUGGGAAAAAGAAGUAUGAGUCCUAUUCAAGAGGAAACUGGCUCUGAUGAUAUGGAAGAGAGAGAAAUCCAAGAAACAGAGCUUGAUGAAACAGAUUGCUAUGCAGAGUCUGUUCCAGAGGGAAGGAAGAGAGCCAAAAAGUUCAAAAAAGUCAAGAAAGAGCAAGAUCCAACAGGAAGCAUCACAAGUGGUUCCACAGCACUCUUUGAAGUUCCUGACACGUGGUAGCCAACAUCUGUAUUAAUAAAAAGUGAAGCUGAUUCAAAGCAAUUGCAAGAGUAUACCACUUGGAAGCCAUACUUUAUUUAAAUAAAAAGUGGUGUUGAAAAAUAAGUAUGUCUCCUGAAAAUCAGUUUAAUUUUUUUAAACUGUCUACUGAACAAUCACUGUCAGUUUUACUCGUGUAUUAACUAGUUUACAAUUCUGUCUGUUGAUCAUGUGAAAACUUUGCUGUCGUAAACAAUGUUAGAUUUAAGAAGCAAGACUAAACAUGUUUUGGUCACCUGUUAUGGCAUGUUGGCUAUGAAAUGUACAAAAAGAAUCAGCACUAUUAAGAAUUUUGUUAGGCUGUUUCUUGUGCUUGAGGGGAGUUAUCACAUAAGUCUUCUCAUCUUCAGAUGUUCCGGCGAUAUCAGUAGUCCUGAACAGAUAAACCUCAGUAUCGGUUACUGCUUUCUACCAGUUACCCUGGAAACCUUACAGUGUUGUCCUUUUUCCUCAGUAGGAAGACUUCAGCCAGUAUCUGUCUGGAAACUAAUCCUACACAUAUAUAUCCUUUUGUUCUCUUGGAAAAAUUUAACUUAUACUUUCCUUAAAAAAAAAAAAAAAAGAAAGAAAGAAAGAAGAAAGAAAGAAAGAAAUUAAUGUUGGGAGGAGGUGGGUUUUCUUUUCUGUUUUCACUCAAGUCUUGAUCUGGUUUUCCAUGGUUUGUGUUUUUUGUAAAAAUGUUUUUGAAACCUGUGACAAACCUGCAAACUGUACCAGCCCUUUAUUCAUUUACAAAAAAUCUGCUUUGGUAGAUUUCAGAAACUUUGAUAUUUAACAUUUUUGUAUCAUGGAAAUAAAAAUGAAAAAUGUAUUUCCAUAAAAUGAAAAUAAAAAACAUUUUCUUAGGA